AUGGAAGCAGAUCGCCCUGGCAAGCUUUUCAUUGGUGGGCUCACUAGAGAAGCCAAUGAAAAGACGCUAAAAGCAGUAUUUGGGAGACAUGGUCCUGUGUCAGAAGUUCUGUUGUUGAAAGAUCGACGCAGGAAGUGCAGAGGCUUUGCGUUCAUUACUUUUGAGAACGCUGGAGAUGCUCAGCAUGCUGCCAGAGAUUGGAAUGGAAAGUUUUUGGAUGGAAAAGUGAUAAAAGUAGAACAAGCCAAGAAACCAUUGUUUCAAAGUGCUGGCAGGCAGAGAACACCGUGUUUUUCAAGAAAGAGUAGACCCACAGGAAAACAGAGAUCUGCAAGAGGAAGGAGUGGACAGACAAGAGGCUGGCAUCCCUCACAUGGAGGACGCUUGGAUGAUGGUGCAUACACUCGUGAUCUCAAUAUGGGUUCUUUCAGGGGAACUUUUCCAGUUAAAAGAUGUCCACCUUUCAGAAGUGGAGGUCCUUAUCCAAAUAAGUCUGCUCCUUUUACUCUGGCUAGAAGCAAUAGUGGGAUGGGCCUUUUGAUCAAUGCAGAAAUAAGUACUAUCCUGUCAAUGAAGACAGGGACCUCUCAUGGUUCAGCACCCGCACAAAGGCCUUGGAAGACUUAUGGUGGAAGCAGUUGCCCUCAUCAUAACAAUACACGAGAUAGGUAUUGCAGAAGUCGGGAGAGAUACUCAAGGAGCCAUGGUGAUCUCUCUUCCAGUGAUGGUGAGCAUUGUGGCAGAAAAGAACCAAUGUGCCCACCCUCUAUGGAGAGAGUGAACCGUGCUUCUUGUGAAGCACAUGGUAGCUCAAGAUACCGGACAUUUACAGGAGAUGAUGGGGGAAGGCGAUGGGAAAAAGGAGACUGA